GCUGGGACCCCUUCGGCGCCGGGCUCCCGCACUCCUGGCAACCCGGCGACGGCGGCCUCGGGGACCCCCGCGCCCCCGGCCCGGAGUCAGGCGGACAAGCCGGUGCUGGCAAUCCAAGUCCUGGGCACUGUCAAAUGGUUCAACGUCCGGAAUGGUUACGGAUUCAUCAACAGGAAUGACACCAAGGAGGAUGUCUUUGUUCACCAGACAGCUAUUAAAAGAAACAACCCCAGGAAGUUUCUGCGCAGCGUUGGAGAUGGAGAGACUGUGGAGUUUGAUGUCGUGGAAGGAGAGAAGGGUGCAGAAGCUGCUAAUGUCACUGGGCCUGGGGGGGUACCAGUGAAGGGCAGCCGCUAUGCCCCCAAUCGACGUAGGUUCCGCCGAUUCAUUCCCCGGCCUCGCCCGGCUGCCCCGCCACCCAUGGUGGCAGAGGCUCCCUCAGGUGGGACGGAACCAGGCAGUGAAGGAGAGCGGGCUGAAGACUCUGGGCAGCGGCCCAGACGGCGGCGCCCACCACCCUUCUUCUACCGAAGGCGAUUUGUGCGAGGCCCUCGGCCCCCCAACCAGCAGCAGCCUAUAGAGGGCACUGACGGCGUAGAACCCAAAGAGACAGCCCCACUGGAGGGGGACCAACAGCAGGGGGAUGAGCGGGUUCCCCCACCCAGAUUCCGGCCCAGGUACCGAAGGCCUUUCCGCCCCAGGCCCCCCCAGCAGCCUACCACAGAAGGUGGCGAUGGUGAGACCAAGCCCAGCCAAGGCCCCACUGAUGGUUCCCGGCCUGAGCCCCAGCGCCCACGAAACCGCCCCUACUUUCAGCGGCGACGGCAGCAGCCCCCUGGCCGCCAGCCCACAGCCCCUGAGACCUCAGCCCCCAUCAACAGUGGGGAUCCCCCCUCCACCAUACUGGAGUAA